CUCCCCUGCAUGCAGCGUGUUCGCUGUGUGCUUCUUCCCGGUGCAAAAGAACCGAGUGCCCGCCCUGCAGGGAUUUGCACAGGAUGAUCAAAUGGGAGAAAUGACAUCACAGUAGAAAAACAGUUGUCCUCUGGCUCCUGUGCACAGGAUGACAGAAUGGAGAACACUGCAGCAGCAGCAGAAGCUUCAGACGAGUCUGGAGCCAGGCCCAGCACCAGAGGUGCUACACACACCCCCAAACAUGCACACUCUUCCAUGUCUUGGCCAGGGCCCGAAACCACAAAUGUGCCUCCUGCCAUCCACCAUCUCGUAGAGAACAUGUCAGAGGAGCAGUGGAGAGUUGUCCACGAAGCACUAUGUGAACCUACUGGCGUGCCCAAGCUAGGCCACCUGUGCUCAAACAUAGUGCAAGCAGUAACUCAGACGAUCCGGGAGCAACUCCUGCCCACCCUCAGCCGAAUGCUCGGAAUACCAGUUAGCUCUCUAAUCAAGUCAGGAUCGGUUAAUCCAAGUCAGCCCUCACAGUGGUCCCAGGCUGCUCAGUACCAGACGGCACUGUGUGAGUUAUUUGAAAUCACAGAGGACUCAAUCUGCAAGAGCCUGCGCAGGUGCCUUCAACAGUCCAAGCGGGACGUUGUCCGUCUCGUGCUCCUGCAUGUGAACUCAGUGGUUGACUUGGCCCUGAAACAGCACAUCCUGAAAGGGCCGACUCCAUCUGCGAAGUUCGCCAUCACAAGCUCAACCAUCAGGGCUGCGAAUGACCUAGUGCGCUCUGUGUGCCAGUCCACCCAGGAUUUGGUUCCAACAAACAGGGUCUCACAGCCAGCACCCCGCCAACCAAUCACAAACUCCGACCUGGUGACAGUUACCAGGGUGAUUCUAAAUGUCAUCACUGAUCACAUGGAUGGCUGCAUGGAUGCAGGUGAGCUUCAGGAGGUAGGAAGGGUCAUCGCUGCGGUGGUGGACAGAGUAAACCUGUUGGCGUCCAAGAACGCAUCUGCUCCACAAUGUUCUCCUUGCGAAAACUGUGGCGGAAAUGCCCCACAUAUUCAUUUUGUGGAUGGAGUAGCUUCCAACAGCAGCUUGCAGAGUCAGACCCUGCAAAAACUCUCCACUGAAAACUUCCAUGCCAAGGCGACCAAGGCAGUCGGCGAAGUUCUGAUGAGAAACUUUGACUGUCCAGCGUGUCUCCAAGCAGGCCAGAGUAAAUGCCAGGAAGAUUGUAAAGAGAGUGUUGGUCAAACUGCAUCUGCUCUGCUGGAAACAUUUAUUGAGGAGAUGCAGAACAUUGCUGAUUGUGCAGACUCCCUCACCUCUGGGAGCAGUAAAUCAUCACCUCUAGAGAGCAGCAGCAAGAGAGAUGCAGAUGCAGAGUCCUUCUAUAGUGACACAAGUAUGAGUACACUAGGUGCCGCUCAACAGAUGCUCCACAAAUUACAGAGUAAACUGAUGGUGCUUUAUUCGCAGUUGCCAGAACCCAAAGACUGCACUACAAACACUACUGGUGCUGGUGCAGGAAACAUGUCUCAGGUACUUAAUCUGCGGAUAGACAUAACUACACGGGAUGUGGUGAAUGAGAUCUUGAUUGCUCUUUUCGAUGAGGAGUCAGACGGCCACAGCACCACUGAAGACUGCUGCACCAAAGCCAAGGAAAGUGCUUCAGUGACCUCACAGGUGGCCCGUGAGUUUGUAGACACCGUCCUUGCUGAACUGGAGCACAUGUCAUUCAUCAGCUCGGACGAAAAUGCUGAUUCCAUGCUGUGUUCAGAGGAGUUCACUGAGCAGCAGGGUCAACAGAUGUGUUGUUUCAGUAGGAAUACUCUUUCUGUUGCAGACUUUCAGGUGCUCUCAAGCAAGACGUUUUUCACAGAGGCCACGAAAACCGUCAGUGACACCCUGUUGAAAACAGUUCAGAGUUCUACUUCUUUCAGUGAUCAGACCCAUGUUGCCCCAUCCGGUUUGCCCAAGGACAUGCAGUGCAAUACCCUACCCCAGAAUGUAGACAUAACUGCCUUUGAAAUCAUCCAGAAUUUUGUGGCCGAAAUUAAGUUGUGCGCUGCAUCCAUUGAGAAUCUAGCAACUGAGUUACGGCUGGACAAAGACCUUUUGAAGAGUGGAAGCCCGUUUGCAGGCCAUGCAGAGCUUGAGAAAGCAACUCAGAACUAUGUAAGGGAAAAGGUCCUGACUUCUGUAAAGACUAUCUACAGCAGCAUGCAUGAAAGAGUUCAGAACCUGUUUACCCAGUAUGAUACCCGACUGAAUCCUCCUGAGUCAGAGUCCCAACAUGGUUCAAUGCUUUCUGAUCAAGAGAUGGUAGAGAACAGUACUAAAGACCUCAUUAGACAGAUAUCCAACAUGGUGAAAACAGCAAUAACACCUGAGGACAACACACCACUUGCUGCUUGUGUCAAGUCUUCUUGCACCUCUCUAAAGUCCAGUACCUUUUUGGAUGAUGUGAUUCAUAAUCUAAAGGAUCUCUCAUUUUCUGCUGAGGACCCUGUGCCUCCAGCCAGCGUGCACAAAUCAGCUUCCUUCAUUGAAAAAUUGUCUGACAAAGACUUCCAGACGAAGGCCUCUCAACAGGUCGGCAGUGUGUUGCUCAACUCCAUAGUAAACCUGUCGCAAUCAGUAAACUCAGACCUACCUGGUAAUGCAACCGGUGACUCAGAUAACUUGGAUAACGGUGAAGUCUACUUCUUCCCCUCUUUGAGCCACUCAGAGUCUGUGGCAUAUAGCCUUGUUGGUGACAUCAUCGAGGAAACAGUGGAAUACCUUAUGACUCCAGGGGUUUACACACUCACAGAAUCUGCAGCAACUGACAUUGUCGCAAGUGUCACAAAGGCGAUGAAGGACCUCUUCAAGGUCAAGUUGUCCUCCAAACAUGGGCAGCCUAACGAUGGUGACAGUGUGAAGGUGUCCCAAGCUGCUGCCACUCGCCUUAUGCUCGACAGGAUCUCUUUGACAGCUCAGAGAAUUUUCGGCAGCAUCAAGACCAAAGUGACAGACUGCCUGCAGAGGUAUCAGUCGAUUGUCCACAGGAAAAAAACAGACCUGCUGGCAAGGAGGUCCAUCAGCGAGGUCCUAGUCACCAUCCAGAAUGAUCUUCCUGACCCUGUGGGAGCUGAGAACUCUGAGCAGAUCAAACUUACUCAUGACCUCCUCUCUUCAAUGAUGGACGAGGUCAAGAAUGAAGUUGUGGAUGUGGAUACACAAUCGGCUCUGAGCCAGUUGCAGUCACCGGCUUCUCACUUUGGUGAUUCCAGGCCUCCUCAUCUAGAGAAAAAUAAUGCAGAUAAACAGGGGACUCUGCCUCCCAUCUCCACAGAUGUCAACACAGGCACAGAAAUGGAAAACAUCCUCACAGGUCGAAGACGUGUCAGACGGUUCCUUUCCGAAGAAAAUAUGAAAGGCUAUUCCAGUGGCCUUACCCAUCAGAUAUGUAAGAUCCUGAAAAACAGCUAUGAUCCACUGGUCUGGUGCAUGCCUGCAGGAAGGAGUGUGUCAGAUUCAUUCUUGACUUUGGGGCCAUCCAAAGAAGAGGACAACUAUGAGACCCCCGUUGACCUUGUGUAUAGCUGUGUGGAAGAGUCAGUGAGGCGGCUUGUGCUUUCAUCCUUCUUUCCUUUGACAUCAAACAAGAAUCAGGAGAGGAUCUUGCGACACGCUUUUGGCUCGGCGUCUAUUGACAUUUCUGGCAAUUCUCCUCUCCUUAAGCAGCCACAGUUAAAAAACAGAUCAUCUUCCAAGGUCUUCAGAAGCACCAUCGCUGUUGUCACACAAGUGCUGGCCAAAGAGGUCAUGGAAAGGCUGAAUUUUGGUGACAAAAAUAUUUCACUUGUAGAAAGGGAAAAUUAUGACACUGACGGCUUGGAACACCUAUCUGAAUUGGAGGUUCAGCAAAUACUAGACAAGCAGCGCAUGGCGGGCACAGGGUCGUCAUGUUCAGAGUCCACCUCAAAAACUUCACUGACAGUGGCUGUAGAAACAGUCUGCAGCCUGGAAGACAAUAAGGUCACAUAUUCAGACACAGCACCUGGUGAUGGAUCUCAUCAAACUGAGAUGGGUUUGUCAGAUGGCAAGGAAGUAAAGGUCAAGUAUGAAGAAAGGCCAGCUACAGAGGAGGGUGCAGAACUGAAAGUGCCACCUUCCUGUGAAUAUCCUGCAUUGUCCGAAGACAUCUUAAGCAUGGCUGAGUUCGCUCACCUGACCUCCAUGCUGAUAGUACGUCUUCUAAAUGGAACCAGGAGUGAUGUCCAUUCAGACCUGACAGCUAACACCACUGAAGGACUGAUUGACAAGAUUCAGCUUCUUACCGGCCUUGGUCUCAUGGAUGGCCAGACUAGUCCCGAGGACUUGCAGAUCCAUCAUGUUUACCCUAAAGUGUACGAAAGCCUCGUUGAGGAGUAUGGGUCUGCCAGUGUGCUUCAAGCGGCUGUCAUGGAUUCCAAUUCGUCAUUUGAUGUGUCUCUGAGGAAACUCCUCCUUAAAGAGAUGAACGCAGAGGCAUUGGCUGUGGCUAAGGGUGAGGCACAGGGACAAGAACAGACCACAGGCAGCAGAUUACGUCUCCCAUCAGAGUCAUCACAAAGCUCAUUCAACACUGAGAAUCUCAGGUCAUCACAUUUACACAAUGAUCCAGGCACUGACACUAUUCGUAACAGUUCCACCUUCACCACUAAACUCCAGAAGAUUUUAAAACCAUUUUCUUGGUUUAGGCUUCCCAAAGCUCCAAAGUUUAGUGACAUUGCCCUGUGUGCCGACUGGGGCGGCUGCGAUGAUGAUGAUGAUGAUGAUGAUGAUUAGAAGAUGAGAUAUUGCCACAGCAAAGGCACAGUACAUGUACAACAGGGCAAGCACUGCUGAUGAUGGCCAAAUGGACUCCACGAUUUGUCUUCAGAAGCUCAUCAAUAACUAAACAUUCCCUAACAUUCCCUUUUAUCAGAUCUACUAUCAUUAAAUAUUGCAACAGAUUCAGCA